AUGGCUUAUCAAUCACUCCAAGGACCACACUUGGAUGAAGACUCAAUCUUCCAAGAAGACAUAGCCCAGGUCAAUGAUCCCAGGGACGAAAUCAUUGGCUCUAGAGACCAUUCCGACUCCAGAGAUCACUUAGUCUCAGAGCCACUGAGUCUCCACAAAUCAAAUAAGACGCCUCUUGUACAAGCCAAAGAAGACAGCCGUCACCACUGGAGCAACUCCACUAGCACGACAGUCGAUAAACCUGAGUCUGGCAGUCUCAGAUCAUGGAACAAGGUGCCUCGUCUCAGAAAGUCUGAUACCUGGACUCUUGAGAUCAUUUCGUUGACCUUUGGGCUCGGAGCAGUUGCAGCUAUUAUUGGAGUCAUGUCGAGGUUCAAUGGGCGCGCUCUUCCAGAAUGGCCAUAUUACAUUACGCUCAAUGCACUCAUUGCGCUGCUGGCUACUAUUGCCAAUGCCACGCUAUCCGUCAGUUUGAGUAGUGGUAUCUCGCAGUCCAAGUGGAUACGCUUCAAGACAAGUGACGCGCCCCUUUCUGAUAUGGAGGUAUUUGAUGAUGCGAGCCGAGGGACAUGGGGCUCGAUUGUCAUGCUUACGACUGGAAGAGGAGGACUUCUCGGAUCUUUUGGUGCUGUUAUUGCUAUCCUUGGCCUUGCUCUUGGCCCCUUUGCACAGCAAGUGGCGGCGUAUAGAACAAGAUGGGUAGAAAGUGACGUCGGUGCUGAAAUUCCUCGUGCGCUCAACUUCACUCCAGCACUCAUGGGCAACACAAGUACAACUGGCUUCGUCCCAAUCUUGCCGCUCAAAGCGGCCGUGUACAACGGUCUCUUCGCCGAGAACAAUCGCCCUGUUGCAUCUCUCCCUUUCAAUUGUCAAAGCGGAAACUGCAUCUGGGAGCCCUAUGAGUCUCUCGCAGUGUGUCACGAAUGUGUGGAUAUCAGUUCACUCAUGACCCGAUACUGCCCACCUGAAUUCGGUCCUACGCAGAACAUCUCUCAGUGCGGAUGGCAGAUACCACAGGGCGGACAGCUAAACACCAGUUCUGACGUUUUCAGCAUGACUUCUUUCAUACCAUCGGCCUACGGUGACAUGCCUCACUCCACACUAAUCCGAAUCAUAUUCAUGGGCACCGAGUACCAAGACACCCCAGAGCAGCUCAACCCUUGGGCAAAACAAUGCACACUCCAGACAUGUGUCAACACACUACAUUCAACCGUCACAAACGGCACGCUCUCCGAGAACACGUCAGACUCGGUCCUUAACCACACCGUACUCGACAUAUCCUCACCUUCAGAGACAUCAGACUACGGCGUCUACAUAAAAGGCACAUUCCCCACUGAGCCCCCAUUCCUGCUCAGCAUGGGCGCCCUACUAAGUAUCCGAGGCUGGUUCAGCGCCAUCUUCGCCAACGGCUCCGCAACACGCACAACGUCCGACUUCACCCGUAGCAUCACCGACCCCGACCGCGCCGUCGUCGUCAAUCUCACUGUGGGCAUCUCGUCUGGAGAAACGUUUUUCGACAGCGACAUCGUGACUGCAUUCUACUGGAACUACUACGAGUACGCCGACGGGCUGAACAUGCUGAUGAGCGACCUUGCUGUUUCAAUGACGACUGCGUUUCGCGGCUUCAACGGUGCGGUUCCUGUACAAGGCAAGGCGCUGAGCGCGGAGUCGUACGUGCAUGUGCGAUGGGGCUUUGUGGUCCUACCGGUAGCGGUGGUGUUUUUGACAGUUGCGUUUCUGGUUGCUGCGAUGUUGAGCACGAGGGCGACGAAGACAACGUUGUGGAAGAGUAGUGCAUUGGCCGUGUUGCUGCAUGGGCUAGAUCAGGAGACGCGGGAGAAAUUCGUGCUGGGGGAUGGACUGCACAAGCAUAAAAGGCAGGCGAAGAAUGUUAGAGUUAGGUUAGAUGUGAAUAGCGAGAAGGAGGUGCUGUUGAGGGGGUGUGGGACGAAAUGUUAA